AUGGAACUGCAAGCACAUUUAAAGGUUAUAGAAGAACUUAUAAAGCCUUUAUCAGAGCAAGUUUCAUCUUUAGAGGAAGCAUUGCUAGUUAAAACUGCAAAAGAAGAUGUUAAUUCUUUUGAAGGGCUGAAAUAUAUUAAUCUGUUGCACAAGAAGUUUAAUUUGCCUAUUAGUUCUCCUUGGGUCAAUUUUAUACAGAUCAUUCUUUAUAGAUUACAUGAAAUAAAAAUUUUAUACGGCAAAGAUAAUGAAUUAUUAUUAAGUUUGCAGCAAAUGAAGUUAUUAAAAACAUCUGUUGAAAUGAUUUCAUGUAUAGGUAUUUUACCGUACAUUAUUAAUGGUAUAGGAAUUCCAUUAGAAAAGAAAAUAUCCAACAGAUUUAUUUUACAUUCAAAAAGUCAGGAGUUAGAAGAGGUAUUGUAUCUGUUGAAUUGUUCUGUUCUUGGGCUUAUGAGUCUUUAUGAAUCAGAAUUAUAUCGAACUUUAAUUACAUCUAAACAUUUAGGAGAUCUACUUGCUGCAAAUUUCCAACUUAUCAUAGAAAAGCAAGCUGUUGAUUCAAAGUUAUGUUCGACAUUUUUAAAAAUGUUAAUUGAAGAUACCUAUCAGCCACUCGUGAUACAAGAGCUAAUGAUAAUGCUUGGAAAUAAGGAUAUUCCAAGGAAGCUAUAUCGUUGGAUAAGUGAUAUCUUAAGUGAUAGACUAACAUCUGAAGGUGGCCUUCUUGCAAUGUUACGUGCAAUUCUGGAUUUAACUGGAAAUUCCACAGAUAACCCACGAUAUUGGGAACAUGUUUCUGUAUUAGCUAAAAUUUUAAUAGCUCCAAAGCAUUCUUCUCUAUAUCCUCAGUUAUUGGAAUUGUUGAAAGGAGAAAACAGUGAAUAUAGGCAAGUUGCUGUCAUGAGUAUAAAAUUAUUAUCAGAAAGAAAUCCUGAAGCUUGUAAUGAAUGCUUUGUUACACCAUUGUUACAACCUAUUAUUAGACCUGCUACUGAACAUGAAAUGGGAUUAUCAUUGGAAGCUAUUCAUUGUUGUUGUGGAAUUUCCGCAUCUUGGUCUGUUUCCCCGAAUGUUUUCAAACGUGGGUUCAUAAAUUUUUUUAAACUCUACUCAAAGACUAGACUAAGUGUUUCUUACUUGAAACCAAAAAUAUCAGACAUUGCCUAUUGUAUUUUGGCUGAUGAGAAGACAAAUCUUGAGAAAAUAUUUGAUGAUGCAGUAUUUAAAAAUUUAAGUGUAAUCUACCAACUUGGGUCAGAAGGUGGUGUGUACACUGAUAGUGGUUCUGAUGACAGUGAUCCAAAUGAUGUAGCUGAUUCUAUUUUAUAUUUAGUGCUAUCGUUUGGUAACACCUUGGUAAAAUUUAAAUUUUUUUUAAUGCUUCUUGAAUCAAUAAUAGAUAAUCAGGAAUUAAUAAAGCAGCUUAUUUAUGCUAAACUUCUUGCAGAAAUAUGUAAUGAUUCUGAUGUUCAAAAAUCUUUGGGAGAAAAUCCUUCUUGUAUUAUACCAUUCACAAAAGGUCUAAUAGAAGGACAUCAACAGUUUGGCGAUGAUAUAGUUUGCUUAGGACUUAUGAUUUUAGGUAUUAUUGUAUAUUCACCUUCUAAAGAGAAACCUGUGGAUUGGAAUGUUUUCAAAUGUUUAGUUGAGCCAUUGAAGAAUUUAAAAUCUGCGAACAGUGAAACUAAUGUUUUGGCUAACGAAUUAUAUGAAUUAAUUUUAUCUCAUGGAGUUGUAAAGAAAAAUAAAGAGAAUAUUGAAAAAGUGCAUACAAAUUUAUCAAAAGCUUUAGAAGAGUCUGUAGAUGCUUUACUACCAGUAAGGGCACAUGGUUUGAAGGAACUUGGUAAACUCAUAAAAGCUAAAGACCAAGAGGCACUUAAACAAAAGGAUACAAUUUUUUUUAUCUUCAAAGAGAAUCUUAAGGAUGACGAUUCUUAUUUAUAUCUGAGUGCUGUUGAAGGUUUAACAUCCUUGGCCUCUUCUUUUCCUGACGAAGUUCUAAUUGCACUUAUAGAAGAAUACAUGUCAUCCAAGCAUUGUACUGAAAAUCGACUUAAGGUUGGGGAAGUACUUGUGAAACUUGGAAGAAUUCUUAAUGAAAUGGCAGCAGUCUAUAAGAAAGAACUUAUAUCAUGUUUCUUAAUUGGAUGUCGUGAUGAAGAUGAGCUAAUGAGAGCUUCUAGUCUUUCAAAUUUAGGAGAACUUUGCAAAAUAUUGUCUUUUAGAAUUACAUCAUACCUGAUAGAGAUACUUGAAUGUAUAAGAGCUAUUUAUGAAACAGAUAAAUUUCCUGAACCUAGAAGAGCUGCAGUAAUGGUUCUAACGUUAUUAUUCAAAGGUCUUGGUGAAGGAGUAUUAAAUACUUUAGAGCCUUUACUACUGGAUAUAUACAAAAGUUUGAAGCACAUAUAUAAGUAUGAUAAGGAUGAUAUUACCCGCCUCCAUGCACAGAUGGCAUUAGAAGAGCUUCAUGCUUCAACUGUUACUUUCUUGUUCCCUGUGAAGCCUCUUGAAAAACAAAUAUUUGUAUUAGGUGCUCCUAGAAAUUCAUUGCUGUUACAUUUUUCUAUCAAUCAGCUUGAGCAGUUGAGGCAGUUGUGGUCCAAUCUCUUGCCAGAAAAUUUUAAAAGAUGUCAGGCUCAGGUGAUAAAACUGACAAACCAUUGGUUGGAGUUAUAG